AUGUAUGCAGAUGUGCACAUGUUCAUGGAAAAGUUGAAGCAGCUGAUGUACAGCAAUGAUAUUCCAGUUAUCAACAACCCAUCAAUCUUAUGUGAAACGCCUCAAUUCCAACUUCUUUAUGAAGAGCUUGGCUCCAUGAUCCAAACCCUUUUCAACAACGAACACCAAGAUCUACACAACUUUGAAAAAGUCAGAAAACUGAAGAAAAGAUUCAAAGAUGCAGCUGAAGAGGCAGAAGAUAUCGUCGAUAUCUUUCUAUCUGCUGUCCACUGUAAAAAUAAUGAGUAUUUCCCUAUAUCUGAUGUCUUUCAAACCUCUCUCCACCUUGAAUUCGUUAUGAGAUCAAUCGAGUUAACAAAGAUAGAGUUCAUUACUACGAGCAUCGAUAACAUGAAGAUGGAUUCUUCUCAAAGACCUGACACACUGCAAAUGCAAUCUGCUGGAACUUCCCGCACUAGAAAUUCAAUGGGAUCGAAGAAAUUAGCAGAAAAAGUAGUUGUGGGGUUUGAUCGUGAUGCUGAGAUAAUACGGGACAAACUUGUUGAAUAUGGAAAGCAUCUGGAUGUGGUUUCUAUUGUUGGUAUGGGUGGAAUAGGUAAGACUACCCUUGCUAACAAAGUGUUCACUGAUCCCUUUGUUGUUUAUCAUUUUUAUAUCCGUGCCUGGGUAACUGUUUCACAAACAUAUGACAAGCGGGAUCUGCUUAUUCAAGUUCUGUCAUCCAUUAAUGAUCCAUUAGAGCUUGAGAAAGCAACGGACUCUCAGCUUCAUAAAAUGUUGCACAGGAGCCUAUUCGGUCAGAGAUAUUUGAUUGUCAUUGAUGAUAUCUGGAGCAUAGAGGCAUGGGAUAAGUUGAAAUUGUUUUUCCCUGAUCAUAACACUGGAAGUCGAAUUCUUCUUACUAGUCGCCUCACAGAAGUUUCUUUGCACGCAACAUCACACGGACUCAUCCAUCAUUUAAAACAUUUGACAGAAGAACAAAGUUGGAAGUUGCUGUGUGGGAAGGUUUUCAAAGGAGAUGAAUGCCCCAAAUGGUUGAUUGAUCCUGGAAUGGAAAUUGCCAAAAAAUGUCAUGGACUACCGCUUUCUGUAGUUGUGAUGGCAGGAGUUCUAGCAAAAGAACAAAGGAACAAAGAUAUGUGGCUAAAAAUUUCUUGCAGUGUCCAUUCGUACAUGGCUAAUGACCAGAAAGGAUGUCUAGAAACAAUAGCAUUAAGUUACAACCAUCUACCUCUUCACUUGAGAGAGUGCUUUCUCUAUCUUGGAGGGUUUUCAGACUCCCGGAUCUAUUCACCAAGGUUGCUUUGGUUAUGGAUGGCUGAGGGAUUUAUACAAGAAGAUGGAAUUCGAAGCUUGGAGGAAAUUGCAAAGAGUUACAUGCUGGAUCUAGUUGACAGAAAUCUUCUAAUUGUAGAAAAAAGGUAUGUAACGGGUGAUGUCAGUCUUUGUAGGGUCCAUGAUCUUGUUAAGCAACUAUGUGUGGAAAUGGGAAAAGAAGAAAAUUUCUUCCUGAAAAUAGACUCGCAACAAUCUAAUCAUCUUUGUGAUGUAAUUGCCACACGUAAGCAACGGCGUGUGUUCACAAAUCAAGAUAUCGACAUUUUGAGUUUGUCUCAUGCGACCACCCCAAGCAUUCGAUCACUUUUGUGCUAUCAUAGGAAAACAUUCUUAACCGACAAUAUCUCAAAGUUUUUCCGUUCCUUUGCACUUCUCAGGGUGUUAAUUCUAGAAAAAUGUGAAUUGAUUGAUUUAUCCUCCGGUUUAGCAUUACUAGUUCACUUAAGGUACCUUGACAUCUGGCAGUCUUUAUUCCCGUCAUCAAUAUGUAAUUUAUGGAACCUUCAAACCCUCAUUGUUCACACAACUUAUAGUUCUAUGGUUUUACCUAGUAACAUAUCAAAUUUGGUGAAUCUGAGGCAUUUAAUCAGUAACACAGAUAUUUAUCUUCCUUCUAUUGUAAAACCUAUGAAACUGGAAGUUAUUUCGAAUGUGGUGUUUGGAGAUGGGGUAGAUAAUUUUGAAAAAUGUUUUCCCGGGAUCAAGAAUCUUACAUCUACUCUUUACUCUGAUGAGGAAAAUGACUUUGAAGUACUCCGUGGCCUUCAAAUCUUGACAUUAAUUGGGUCAGCCUUCAGCAGACCGGAAUCAACUAAGCCAAGAUUUGUUAGAGGUGAACCAAACUUGGGAAAGAAUCACAUUAGGUUCCCUGCAACACUUAAAGAACUUCAUCUUGUAAGGUGUGGUUUAGCGUGGAGCGACAUGUCGAUCAUUCAAUCGUUACCUAAUCUAGAGGUUCUCAUACUAGAAGACAAUGCCUUCAAGGGAAUGAUUUGGGAAACAGGUGAGGAGGAGUUUCAACAACUAAAAUUCUUGAGACUUGAAGAGUUAAAUAUCAAACAUUGGGAAGCCACAAGUAUCAACUUUCCAUGCCUCAAACGACUAGAGGUGCUGAAUUGCGUUCAUCUAGAAGAUAUACCCCUUGAAUUAGGGGACAUCUCAAUGCUUGAGUAUAUUUACGUUUUGAAUUGUGGUGUUUCUCUUCUCGUAUCCGUUCAAAAUAUACGACAGGAGCAAGAUGAUGUGGGAAACUAUGAACUGAAGAUCUUUGUUGAUGGAAGGAAACUGCGCUCUUGUGAAUCCAAUCAUGAAGAUUAA